AUGUUCACCUGGACAGAAAGGUUAGUGGUUACAGCACACAGACAUACUGUACUGUUCAGUAGUUAUUAUAGGUUACUGACAGCACACAGACAUACUGUACUGUUCAGUAGUUAUUAUAGGUUACUGACAGCACACAGACAUACUGUACUGUUCAGUAGUUAUUAUAGGUUACUGACAGCACACAGACAUACUGUACUGUUCAGUAGUUAUUAUAGGUUACUGACAGCACACAGACAUACUGUACUGUUCAGUAGUUAUUAUAGGUUACUGACAGCACACAGACAUACUGUACUGUUCAGUAGUUAUUAUAGGUUACUGACAGCACACAGACAUACUGUACUGUUCAGUAGUUAUUAUAGGUUACUGACAGCACACAGACAUACUGUACUGUUCAGUAGUUAUUAUAGGUUACUGACAGCACACAGACAUACUGUACUGUUCAGUAGUUAUUAUAGGUUACUGACAGCACACAGACAUACUGUACUGUUCAGUAGUUAUUAUAGGUUACUGACAGCACACAGACAUACUGUACUGUUCAGUAGUUAUUAUAGGUUACUGACAGCACACAGACAUACUGUACUGUUCAGUAGUUAUUAUAGGUUACUGACAGCACACAGACAUACUGUACUGUUCAGUAGUUAUUAUAGGUUACUCACAAACUUCUACAGAUGCACAAUCGAGAGCAUCCUGUCGGGCUGUAUCACCGCCUGGUACGGCAACUGCUCCGCCCACAACCGUAAGGCUCUCCAGAGGGUAGUGAGGUGUGCACAAUGCAUCACCGGGGUCAAACUACCUGACCUACAGGACACCUACACCACCCGAUGUCACAGGAAGGCCAAAAAGAUCAUCAAGGACAUCAACCAACCCGAGCCACUGCCUGUUCACCCCGCUACCAUCCAGAAGGCGAGGUCAGUACAGGUGCAUCAAAGCUGGAACCGAGAGACUGAAAAACAUCUUCUAUCUUAAGGCCAUCAGACUGUUAAUCAGCAAUCACGAACUCAGAGAGGCUGAUGCCUACAUUGAGAUCCAAUCACUGGACACUAAUAAAUAGAUCACUAGUCACUUUAUACAAUGUCACUUUAAUAGUGUUUACAUAUCUUGCAUUACUCAUAUCACACGCAUAUACUGUAUUUUAUACCAUCUACCCUACUCAACAAAUUGGAUGCAGUCUAUCACAGUGCAAUCCGUUUUGUCACUAAAGCCCCAUAUACUACCCACCAUUGCGACCUGUACUCUCUCGUUGGCUGGCCCUCGCUUCAUACUCGUCGCCAAACCCACUGGCUCCAUGUCAUCUACAAGACCCUGCUAGGUAAAGUCCCCCCUUAUCUCAGCUCGCUGGUCACCAUAGCAGCACCCACCUGUAGUACGCGCUCCAGCAGGUAUAUCUCUCUGGUCACCCUCAAAACCAAUUCUUUCUUUGGCCGCCUCUCCUUCCAGUUCUCUGCUGCCAAUGUCUGGAACAAACUACAAAAAUCUAUGAAACUGGAAACACUUAUCUCCCUCACUAGCUUUAAGCACCAGCUGUCAGAGCAGUUCACAGAUUACUGCACCUGUACAUAGCCCACCUAUAAUUUAGCCCAAACAACUACCACUUUCCCAACUGUAUUUAUUUUAUUUACUUUGCUCCUUUGCACCCCAUUAUUUUUAUUUCUACUUUGCACAUUCUUCCACUGCAAAUCUACCAUUCCAGUGUUUUACUUGCUAUAUUGUAUUUACUUUGCCACCAUGGCCUUUUUUUGCCUUUACCUCCCUUAUCUCACCUCAUUUGCUCACAUCGUAUAUAGACUUGUUUAUACUUGUUUAUAACUAUACUAGGCCAAACACAUAGAAAAUAAACAACAUAGAAAAAAGAACAUAGACUACCCACCCCAACUCAUGCCCUGACCAACCUAACACAAAGACAUAAAAAAGGAACUAAGGUCAGAACGUGACAAUAACACACAUCAUGUAGUAACCAAAAAAGUGUUAAACAAAUGUUAAUAUAUAUUAACAAUCUAUAUUUUAGAUUCUUCAAAGUAGCCACCCUUUGUUUUGAUGACAGCUUUGCACGCUCUUGGCAUUCUCUCAACCAGCUUCAUGAGGUAGUCACCUGGAAUGUAUUUCAAUUAACAGGUGUGCCUUGGUAAAGUUAUAAUUUGUGGAAUUUCUUUCCUUCUUAAUGCCUUUGAGACAAUCAGUUGUGUUGUGACAAUCAAGAACUUUGAAAGUUUCUUCAAGUGCAGUCUCAAAAACCAUAAAGCGCUGAUGAAACUGGCUCUCAUGAGGACCGCCACAGGAAAGGAAGACCCAGAGUUACCUCUGCUGCAGAGGAUCAGUUCAUUAGAGUUAACUGGCUCUCAUGAGGACCGCCACAGGAAAGGAAGACACGGAGUUACUUCUGCUGCAUCCCAUUUGGUUUGCGCUUCGUGGGACUGUAAUUUGUUUUUCAACAGGACAAUGACCCAACACACCUCCAGGCGGUGUAAGGGCUAUAUGACCAAGAAGGAGAGUCAUAGAGUGCUGCAUCAGAUGACCUGACCUCCACAAUCACCCAACCUCAACCCAAUUGAGAUGGUUUGGGAUGAGUUGUUAGUUUGUUCAUCGCCAAGAGUGUGCAAAGCUGUCAUCAAGGUAAAGGGUGGCUACUUAGAAGAAACUAGAGAUCUAGAUCCAUCACUCUUCAUUUCCCCACCUGUCUAAUUUUCCAUUUUUACCUGUAUGCUGUAAUUCAGAUUCUAACUGCAAAUGUAUUACAUUUUUUUUUAAGUUGUCAUUUAGCAAUGAUGACUUACAAAAGCAAUUAGGGUUAAAUGCCUUGCUCAAGGCCACAUCGACAGAUUUUUCAACUAGUCGGCUCGGGGAAAUCGAACCAGCAAUCUUUUAGUUGCUUAAAACUGCUAGACUACCUUUCGCCCUAGAACAGAUCAAAUCAACCCAACUAUAAUCAAGCAAAUAUACAAUAAACAUCAACGUCCACAUCAUUUCUCUCUCUGUCUGUUUUGGACAAAUGCCAUUAUUUUCGUCACCAGAAAUUUACAUAUAAGAAUUUGUAUUUGAAAUGGUUAUUGUGUUAUUGUUUCCAUGAGUUUACGGUAACAUAUUGUAUUGAUUACCGUACUGUAAUUGUUAUUGUUUCCAUGAGUUUACGGUAACAUAUUGUAUUGGUUACCGUACUGUAACUGUUAUUGUUUCCAUGAGUUUACGGUAACAUAUUGUAUUGAUUACCGUACUGUAACUGUUAUUGUUUCCAUGAGUUUACGGUAACAUAUUGUAUUGAUUACCGUACUGUAACUGUUAUUGUUUCCAUGAGUUUACGGUAACAUAUUGUAUUGAUUACCGUACUGUAAUUGUUAUUGUUUCCAUGAGUUUACGGUAACAUAUUGUAUUGAUUACCGUACUGUAAUCGUUAUUGUUUCCAUGAGUUUACAGUAACAUAUUGUAUUGAUUACCGUACUGUAAUUCUACUUUUCUUUGUAUUUUUUUGUUGUUGUUGUAAAAACCUGCAACGACAAAAAAAUAAGCGGUGUAUAUAAUUUUUUUCUGCAGCCUUUCUAUUUUUGUAUUCAUUGAAAUGUGAGUAGACGUACUGGAACUAUCUUUCACAGAAGCCUGAAGACAAAGUUAAACAUGUAUACAAAGUACUAAAGACAGCAGUGUUUUGUAUAAAGUACAUCAUCAGUGUGUUGCCGCUUUGAAAGAGUCA